GGAAUAAAAAAAAGAGGAAGAGAUUGGGGAGAUAAGUUGACAUUGUGAUUUAUAGAUGCCUAUAAAAACAAUGUAUAUGUGGCUAACUAUGAGAAUUGAAACCACUACCAAUAAUACAAUUUGAGUGUGAUCUCAAGUGUAGCAAUUGUUCACAAUGCUUCAAAUGAUGGUUAAACCCUCUCCUACAAUGAUCGAAACGACUCAUUUUCGAUCAAGGAACAACUUAUGUCCGUUGUCACACCUUAAUACCCGCGGUGAUCACUGUUUUAGUUCCAUUAUCAGUAAAACUCCAUUGAUCAUUCCACCAAAACUCCAUUAUAUUGCUAAAACUAAAAGCAUCCGAAAAUGCCAAAAUUCAGAUCAGUUUCAGGAACAUAGCGGUCGAGAUCACCUUCUUCAAGAGUCAGGUUUACCAAAAUUUCUGGUAUCUGUAGAACAUCUGCUGAAAUUUGUUGCUUCCAAUUUUCUACCAACAGCUCUUAUUGGAGGGGUAGCAUUUGCCCUCAUUAAUCCUAGUCCUGGUUGUUUUGCUCAUAGAUAUCAAGUAUCCAAGUUCAGCAUUAUAGGGAUAUUCCUCAUAUCAGGAUUAACGCUGCGUAGCGCAGAAGUUGGUGAGGCUGCUGAAGCAUGGCCCGUUGGGCUCUUUGGGCUAACUUCAAUUUUACUGCUUACACCCCUCCUUUCGAAAAUUAUGGUGCAAGUUCGCUUACAACCGCAAGAAUUUGUAACAGGUCUAGCUCUAUAUAACUGCAUGCCUACAGCAAUUUCUAGUGGAGUUGCUCUAACCACACUUGCUGGAGGAAAUCCGGCUUUGGCUCUCGCAAUGACCGUGAUAUCUAGUCUGUUGGGAAUUCUGAUUGUUCCUUUUUCUAUAUCACGACUAAUCGCUGGUGGAGUUGGUGCAUCUGUUCCAGCUGAUGAGAUGUUCAGAAGCCUUAUCGGCACGGUUUUGAUACCUCUGAUUUUAGGGAAGGUUUUUCGGGAAUCUAUUAAAGGCAUGUCAGAUAUUAUUGACAAUAAUCGUAAGCACUUAUCUACAUUGGGUGCGAUUUUGCUGAGUCUGAUCCCUUGGGUACAAGUUAGCAAAUCAAGGCCACUGCUUUUAGGGGUUAAACCUGAAGUUGUUCUUGUGGCUGUCUUAAUGGGCGCGAUUCUUCACCUUGUGCUGUUGUGUUUCAAUGCCAUCGCGAUACAACUCCUAUGUGCUGUAUCUGGUGGCAGCAAAUCAAUAUUUGCAAAAGAGGAAAAUCAUAAGACACUCUUGCUUGUUGCGAGCCAGAAAACUGUGUCGGUGCUGGUUGCCGUUGUGGAACAACUUGGUGGUACGUUUGGUGAAGCUGGUUUACUUGUUCUUCCCUGUGUUGCAGCACAUAUAAGCCAGGUUAUCAUUGACUCUUUAAUAGUAGGCUUUUGGAACAAGAGGAAACAAUCACUUGACAAUGUGAAGGUCAAGAAGGUCUUGUAACAUUUCAAUAUUGGUGUAAACUGUAACAAUGAUAAGGGUCCGAUAACUUGAAAUCUUGAAUGACUGACUUAUAUGUGGAUAUGUGAGAAUGUGGGGUAUAACUUUCACUCAUUUUGAAUUUGAAAGUUUAUCUUGAUUUUUCAUUUAACACGUACAUCUUGAGUUGUCACCAACUCAUGCAAUUUAUUAGUUGUCGUAUUAAUUUUUGUAAUCAUGGCAUUUAAUUUCUUAGUUGUUAGUUUGAUGAUAAAUACUAGAAUUUUCUAUAAA